CAACUAAAAUGUUAAGUAAUACUGUUAUCAUGACUAUACGUGUUAUUUUAUACAUAAAGGAUAUCCAUGAAGGAUUGGUAAAGGUCUUAAGAGGAAAGUAUAUUACUAAAAAUAAAAAAAAAUAAUAGCAUGAGUUCUUUGAUGGUGCAUGUCCAACGAUGGAAUUUAGCUGAAGGUUGUUGAAGCCAUCUUGAGAAUGAAAUGAGCUACAGAUUUGAAAUAGAAUCUCAGUGAAGCCUGUUACGGCAUGGUGUGGCGUACUUUUACCUUGUCUUAUGAGAGCCUGUUACAGUUUUAGCCAUUCAUCCAGUGAAUGAUGUUCUGUCUUAACUAGAGAAUGAUUACAUUUUCAGAACAGGAAAAUAAUAUUUCCCUAAUAGAGUUAUUUAUCAAGAUUACAUCUAAUUAGAUUACUGAGUACAAAAACAAUAGGAAAUGUGGUUGAUGAGGAUAAUCUCAAUGAUAGUAGAGUUGUGAAAAAGUUCAUCUGUAAAAUAACAGCACCCUUUUGAAAGACAGCAUUUUACAAAAAAAGUUCCAAAAUGUGUUGUUUAUAAGUUCACUCAAAAAAUGAGUAUUUUCAGACUCCUUACAAGACAAUUAAUUACAAGUAAACCUGGAAAAAAUCAGUGAUCCUAGGCUUUUAUAUGACACCACUUCUCCCCCCUAAUAAUCUUAUCUUCACCCUAUUCCUGGACAUAUUUUUAUUGUAAAUAGUUGUAGUACAGAAUCCAGACUUUUAGUUAUAACCGAACAGUGCUGAUUCUCUAUUAUCAGAUAUAACUUGGAUAUAAUCUCUUUAUAUGCACCCAGAAUCGCAGUAUUAUCAUAUGUCUAUUUAUACUCUAAAUUACAUUUGUACUGUAAAUAGUUGUAGUAAGAAAUCUAGUAUUUAGUUAUGAGCAAACAGGGCUGAUCUUCUAUUACUGACUAUAACCUCUUUAUGUGCACCCAGAAUCGUGGUUUUAUCAUACAUCUAGUUAAAUUAUAAAUUGCAUUUUUAAUUUUUUUACAAUGAAGAUAUAAUUUUUUGAUGAAUUAAAAAAAAAAUGUUUAUGUGAUAGUUGUUGUGACUUUUAAGGAGUGUGGAAAAUACUGAUAAAAAAUAAGAUGUAAAAAAUUAAAAAAAUAAUUGAGCUAAAACAUGAUAUGAUGUAUUUGGUUACACCCACAACUAAUAACACUGACAUAAGAGGUGAAUAGUAAGCCGAUGUGAUUAGAUUUGUGAUGUGAUUAGAGGAAGAUAAGACAGUGUAACAAUGGGUCUUCAGACUUUGACAUGUAUAGUCCCUGUAUUGAUGGCAGUGGUGCUGUUACCUAGCACCAGCUGCUAUAACUACUUCACCUCGACUGAUGCGAUGGAAGAUUUGUAUGACUUGGAGCUGUUUCUAGUCAGAUACCUGGAAAACUACAUCAAGGAGGAACAAAACAUUCUAUCUCUCCUAUCUGGUAGAUACGAGCAAGCUGCAAGAUCACUGUCCAACAUUGUCAACAGAGAACACUACGUGGCCAACCCUAUCAAUUCAUUCUCCCUGCUACGUCGCCUCACGCAGGAUUGGCCAAAAACUCUCAGCCUUCUCAGUCACAACAAACUGAAGGACCUCACCCUGCCCACUGAGGAGGACAUGGCUGGAGCAGUGAGAGCUCUGACCAGACUACAGGACGUCUACUCUCUGAGUGCAACCAGUCUGGCUUCAGGCCACCUUCCAGGCACCCACAAGACAGCUGUUCUUUGCGCUGCAGACUGUGUCGCUGUAGCCCAGCUCUACUACAACAGACACGACUUUCAGUUGGCAACAGAUUGGCUGCUGGAAGCUCUCGGCAAGGUCCAUCAUGACAGAACAUGCCCUCCAGGGCUUAUAUUGGAGAAUCUUUUUAUUACCACUUGCUUUGAAGGUGACCAAGACUUAUCAACAUACUACCUCCAAGAGCUGCUAGAGAAGUAUCCAUUAUACAUUCCACCCGAUCAUUUAGUAAAGGAUUAUAACCUUGCUCUUACUGGUAAAUGUAAAGAAAUUUCAGAUUGGAAGAAAUUAGAUAAAAUAAAAAGUGUUCCAGAGUUGGAGCAAGUAGAGAUUGAUGAGUACCACAGGAUGUGUCGGGGACCUCUGCCGGCUCUGAGGGAGCUGCAGUGUCACCUUGUCCACUACAACCAUUCCUACCUCCGUCUACAACCCUUCAAGCUGGAGGAACUAUACCUUGAACCUCCAGUGGUCAUGUUCCAUGAUGUGGUCUCUGACGAUGAGAUAGCACACUUCCGAAAAACAGCAUUUUCUUCGAUGAAGCGUGCCAAGAUAGUGCUGCCUAACGGCACCGUCUCCGCUGCCCUCUAUCGCACAAGUCACAUCGCCUGGUUGGAAGACUCAGAUCCAGUAAGUCUGGCAGUGAACCGCCGUAUAGCUGCCAUGACAGACCUGGAUGUCAGCAGAGCUGAAACUAAUCAGGUCAGCAACUACGGGCUGGCCGGAGAGUAUAUCACACACAUGGAUGCCAUUCAUGGGAUCAAUUUGACUCAUGGCGACCUAGAUGGUAACAGGCUGGCUACGUUUAUGAUUUAUAUGAGUGAUGUUGGGUGGGGAGGACAUACAGUAUUCCCUGACCUCCAGAUCUCUGUGAGACCUAAAAAGGGUGCAGCAUUGUUCUGGUAUAACCUGCACCACGACGGCACUAUAGACUACCGCAUGAGACACGCCGCUUGCCCAGUCAUAGUGGGCACAAAGUGGGUACUCAACAAGUGGCUGCACGAAGCUGGCCAGGAACUACGUUAUCGCCCACACCCUGUCUUUGUCACUUGAACGACACCAGGGAAAGAUACUACCUCUGACUUUAUGUACAUUCUAGUCAACAUUUAUUGCUUAGAACGUUAUUUAAUUUUUAAACUAUUGUUUACAGUUUUUAAUAAACACUUUGCAUAAUUA